AACAAAAGUGAAACAAACUUAAUCAGUGAGGUUGGUUUAGCUGAGGAGAUUCCACAGUGGUUAGGGAAUGUUAGCUGGGCAAUAAAUUAGGGUUUUGGCCCAGCUCUGAGUUCUGUUCUGUUUCGUCUCCCCUUCAGAUCCCGUUCAUUCCAGCGCCAAUCGGUGUCUCCGCCAUCUCCACGAAGAUCCGACUGCAAAGAAACAGGUUCACAAUGACACCAGUCCUUGUAAUAGGGAGGAGAAGAGACGGCGGUCAUUGGAUACAAUUAACUCAAGUCUUUAGGCACUGUGAUCAAGGCUUUUGAAUUUGGCGUUUGAUCCCGAACAGCAUGAAUUAUCUAAUUGGAGCUUUCAAGCCUGCGUGUAAUAUUUCAAUCACGUUCGCUGAUGAGAAAACUCGGAAGAAGGUUCCAAUGAAGAAGGAAAAUGGUCAAACAGUGAUGAUCUCACUCUUUCAAAGUCAAGAAAACAUUGGUGGGAAGAUUUCUGUAGAACCAGUUCAAGGGAAGAAGGUUGAUCAUAAUGGCAUUAAGAUUGAGCUCCUUGGUCAGAUAGAAAUGUACUUUGACAGAGGCAACUUCUACGACUUUACCUCCCUUGUUCGUGAACUAGAUGUUCCUGGUGAAGUCUAUGAAAGGAAGACCUAUCCUUUCGAAUUUUCAACUGUUGAAAUGCCCUAUGAGACAUACAGUGGGGUGAAUGUGCGGCUGAGGUAUGUCCUUAAAGUCACAAUCAGUCGUGGUUAUGCUGGCAGCAUAGUUGAAUACCAAGAUUUUUUGGUCCGUAAUUACAGUCCACUUCCAUCAAUUAACAACACUAUUAAGAUGGAAGUUGGAAUUGAAGAUUGCCUUCACAUCGAGUUUGAGUACAACAAAAGCAAGUAUCAUCUGAAAGACAUUAUCAUAGGCAAGAUAUAUUUUCUUCUUGUAAGAAUUAAGAUUAAAAAUAUGGACCUGGAGAUCAGGCGGAGAGAAUCAACAGGAUCAGGUUCCAGCACACAUAUUGAGACAGAGACACUUGCAAAGUUUGAGUUGAUGGAUGGUGCUCCAGUCAGAGGUGAAUCGAUACCAAUACGGCUGUUCCUUAGCCCCUAUGAAUUGACACCAACACAUCGCAACAUCAACAACAAAUUCAGUGUUAAGUAUUAUCUGAACCUUGUUCUUGUUGAUGAAGAGGACCGCCGGUACUUUAAGCAGCAGGAAAUCACACUAUAUCGUGUUGCUGAAACUUCCUGAUUUUUUUUUUCCUCAUGGAAAUGGCAUUCUGCCCUGGAGCUUUGUUGUUGAUGCAAAGUCAUUAGAUUUGUACAGAUGGUAUCUUUGUAUAUGGGAUUUCCACCUAGGGACCUCAUGUUUGAUGUUCUGAAACCAUUAUGGAUUUUCACUUUUACCUGAUAUAUCAAUAAAAUGACAUAGCAGUAAUUUGAACAA